AUGUUCAGUCGCAGGCAUUCUAGGGCUUUUCUGCUGGAUACAGUUGACAGAGGAACUGAGUUUGUGGAGGCUCUGAAAGCUGUCUACCCCAAGGCAGAGAGUCUGCAUGAGAAGGACUUUGACUGGCUCUUUGACUGUCCUCAGGCAGAACAAUUCCUUGCGUGGUUCUGCAACACAGUGGGGGAGGAAAACGUAUUGAGCCCCACAGAAUUGGAGACCUAUGAGAAACUGAUAAUUUCUGAAAAGCCUAUUCUGGAGGGCGAAGCACUGGAGGAGGUGCUGAAGACAUGUCACCAAGCCUCCCAGCUAACAGGUUCUCUGCAGGAGAAUGAAGCCUUGCCCCUUGAGAUGCUUGAGCAGCAGGUGCUGAUACUGAAGAGCCAAACUGCCUGUCAGAUAAAGCGGUGCAACAAGCUUCAGAUUCGUGCAGCUGGCUUGAAACAGGCGCUUUGCCAUUCCACAGAGAAAAAUGAGAAGGCAAGCAGGGAGCUGAAGAAAGUACAGCUAAAGCUGGAAGUAGAGAAUUUUCAAAGCAAUGAGGUUCUUAACCAGGUCUGUAAAAUGGCGCAGGAGUUGCUGCAGUGGCAUCAGGACCCUGGAUAUGAGCGACGGAGAGUCUCAAUGGCUACAGCAGACCUAGAACAUUGCCUGGAGUCUGAAGACAAAGUCACAAAGGCGUUUUUGGGGUUCUUUCCAAAAGUCAAACCAGUUGUAAUCAGUGAUAUGGAGGCUGAUAAAGUGGUUCUAACAAAAAACUGGCAGGGAAGCUCCUGGGAAGAGCUGAAUGUGGAGACCAUAAUAAGACUAGCUCACAAAGUGCUGUUAGAACACAAGGAAAUAGUAUGUGAUGAAGAUUCUGAAGUUCAGAAGAGAGCCACAGAACUGCUGCAGAGCCCUGUUCUCUAUGAAGGUCAGCUGGCCAGCAGGAAUGAGCCUGAGCUUACUUGGAUGGCCCUGCCAAGAGAAAUGGACCAACCAAACCCAGAGAAUUUCAGACGUGAGGACAGUUAUCAAGAAGGGGCAAAGACAGAUGCAGAGGCUGGCCAAAUGGAACAUACUGAGGAUGUCUGUCUGCAGAGCAAUCAAGAACUUGGGCGCAUGGAGUUAGCUUACCUGUGCAGUCAGACAACAGUAGUCCUGACCUCUGCAAAAAUUAAGGGAACUUCAUCUACUAUGCAAUGGGCAGGGAAAGCUCUGGCAGCUAUUGAGAAGAACAAGGUGGAAGAAGGGAAGAAUGAACUGUGUUUUCAUAUAGUAUCUUGCCAAAAGCAGCUGUGCAUCCUCCAAAGUGAGGUUGAUGAGGCCAAGACCCAAAAGCUGCUGCCAUUGCUUCAGGGCAGUGCACGCCUCCUUCGCUUGCCUAUAAUAAGUAGGGAACUUGACUGGGAGCUCCUCAGACUUGGAAAUCUUGAACUGAUGCAAGAAGAAGCUGCUGGCCAGAUGUUGGACCAGCUCAGUCAUUUAGAGCUGCUGAGUCUUUUGAUGAUGAUGAAGAAGAAGGAUCUGCAACAGAUAGGAACCAAGCUGGAAGAGAUGGCAAUUCUCCUGAAUAAAUCACAGUCUCAAUUAAAAGAAUGGCAAUUCGGCUUUGAAGAUUCAAGAUACUCUAUCAGGCAAUGCCCAAGGACUCUGAUAGACCCCAGUGAUCUCACUACUUUACGUCUGUGGAAGAUGCUGGACAAGAACAGUCAAGAGAAGCAGCUCUUUCAUUCCUAUGAGACCUUGGCAGGCCGGGGGUCACGGCUGUGCCAGGAACUCAGGAUGCUCCAGGUGCAGCUAAGUACACCAUACUCUCAGUUCUCUACACUGGAGACUGAAAACAAGGUACUGCACUGUAUGAUGUAUGGUGACUCCAACCAGUUAAUGCUUCAUGCUCAGGAAAUGUCAGAGGCUCUAGAACAACUUGGUGCCACACAAGCCAAACUCUACCAAAUGCUAAUGGACACCUUGAGUGACUUAAAGUCCAAACGCAAAUCCCUGCAAAGCCACUUUUGGCAGACUGAGCGCAAUCUCUACAUGUAUUUCUUCAGCUAUCCGGACCACCUGAAGGAGCUGGUACAAAAGGUUGAGAAGCAAACACUGGUAUCUUCGUUCAUGUAG